AUGGGGCUGGCAGGACUGGGGGGACCCCCUGGCAUGGGCCGCGGCGGUGCCUCUAUCUACGGAAAGCAGUUUGAGGAUGAGCUGCACCCUGACCUGAAGUUCACUGGCGCUGGGAUCCUGGCGAUGGCCAACGCGGGGCCGGACACCAAUGGCAGCCAGUUCUUCCUGACACUGGGCCCUGCACAAUGGCUGGAUGGCAAGCACAGCAUCUUCGGGCGCGUGUGCCAGGGCAUGGGCGUGCUGGGCCGCCUGGCCAUGGUGGAGACCAAUGCCCAGGACCGGCCCCUGGAUGACGUCAAGAUCAUCAAGGCCUAUCCCUCGGGGUAGAGGGGGCUGCGGGACCCCCCCCCGCAAACUGUACAGCUUUGUUGUAAUAAAAGAGGUUG